AUGAUGCUGGAUACCAAAACAGCCCUCCCGGCUGAACAAUCACCACUAGACCCGCCUCACGACACAGAAGCAGAUGCCAACAUCUUCGACCCAGAAACCGGCGUAAAACGCGGCCUCAAAACCCGGCAUCUCACAAUGAUGAGCUUAGCAGGCAUCAUCGGCCCUGGUCUCCUCGUUGGCGCCGGCGGAGCCCUCAGCAAUGGCGGUCCUGCCUCCCUCCUCAUCGGUUUCGGCGUCAUCGGCAUCAUCGCAUUUAGUAUCAUGCAAUCCCUCGGCGAACUCACUACUUUAUACCCUUCUGGAGGCGCCUUCACACACCUCGGAGAACGAUUUGUAGAUAAAGCAUUUGGAGUCGCCGUAGGUUGGAACUAUUUCAUCAUUUGGGUUGCAGUGUUGGCAAACGAGUACAAUACCGUCAGCAGCAUAUUCACUUUUUGGGGCCCCCAAAUCCCGCUUUGGGGCUAUUUUUUGAUUUUCUGGUUUUUCUUNUUGGGGUUCCAGUUGCUUGGGGUGGAAGUGUUUGGAGAAGCGGAGUUUUGGCUUGCAGUGUUGAAAUUGGCUGGUCUGGCUGCCUUUUUCAUCUUUGCGAUUGUUUAUGCUGCUGGCGGUUUAGUUGGACAAACUGAACCGCUGGGCUUUAGGUACUACCACGAUCCUGGAGCCUUUACAGAUGGCUUCCGAGGAGUUGCUACCGUGUUUGUGUUUUGCAGCACUUUUUACGCCGGUAUUGAAUCUGUCGCUGUCGCAGCUACGGAAACCAGAAACCCGGGUGCUGCAGUGCCACUGGCUAUUCGACAGGUCUUUAUCCGCAUUCUGUUUGUCUACAUGGGCUCUGCGUUUUUCUUUGGCCUUGUGUGUCCUGCAAACGCAGCUGGUCUCGCUAAUGGCGGCAGCAGAGCUCUCAAAUCACCCAUGACAGUCGCAAUCCAGAAUGCAGGUUGGAAUGGCGGUGUCCAUCUUAUCAACGCUUUCAUUUUCGUUACUUGUUUGUCUGCUACAAACGCUUCUAUCUACAUUGGCUCCAGGACUAUUCUGUUCAUGGCUAAAGACGGCAAAGCACCAAGAUUCCUGGGCUGGACUGAUAAACGCGGUGUCCCUGUCGCAGCAAUCGUCUUCACAAAUCUGUUCGGCGCAAUCUCCAUGAUGAAUGUCAGUACCGGCGCUGGCAAAGCUUACAACUACAUCGUCAAUCUUUCUGGCGUAUCGACAUUCUUGGUUUGGGGCAGUAUAAGUUUCAUCCACAUACGAUUUCGCUCUGCGUGGGCAAGACAAGGUCGAACUCCGGACGAGCUUCCAUUCAAAUCUUUGCUAUAUCCUUGGAACGCAUAUUUCGGCCUGUUUGCGAAUAUCUUCCUUGCUUUGGUGCAGGGAUGGGGUAAUUUUGUGCCCUUUGACGCUGGAGGGUUCGUGGAUGCGUAUAUUUUGAUACCGCUGUUCCCGAUCAUAUAUGUGGUGUACAAGUUUUGGAACAAGACGAGGUUUCAUAGGUUGGAAGAGAUUGAUUUGGAUGCUGGUAGGAGAGGAGAUGUGGAUGCUGCUAAACAGGCGACUAGACUUGUUCCUGACGAGGCCUUAACGCCCAGGAUCAAGGGAGGGAGACUGAGGACUAUGUGGAACAAUCUUUGA